AUGAUGCUGAUGAAUUCAAAUCUGAUUACGGCGGACGACGACGAAUUCGACCCCAACUACUCAUACGACGACGACGACAACUCCACAGAGUUACCGAACAACCUCCUGGCCGCAAUCAUCGACGUCCCGGCGUGCACGGGCUGGCUUCAAGACUCGGCCAUGAGCCUCGUUCCCAUCGUGUACGCGGCCGUGGCGCUCGCCGGGAUCGCGGGCCACCUCCCGCUGCUGCUGGUGCUCGCACGAGGACCACGCACCAGCACGCGUCUGCACCUGCUGCACCUCGCCGCUUGCGAUGUCCUCUUCCUCGCCAUGCUGCCCGUGCAGGCGGCGAUGCGCGGCGCGGAGCGGUGGAGCCACGGGGAGGUUUGCUGCAGUCUCCUGGGCGGCCUCUUCAGCACCAACCUGUGCGGCGCCUCCCUCAUGCUCCCCCUCCCUCUACCCCCCCCGCCCCUCCCCCCGGUGCAGUCUCCUGGGCGGCCUCUUCAGCACCAACCUGUGCGGCGCCUCCUCAUGCUCGCCGCGCUCGGGGUCGACCGCUACCUGGCCGUGGUGCGCGCGCGCGGCUGGGCGCGCGCGCCGCGAGCCGCCGCGCGGCGCGUGCACGCCACGUGCGCGUGCGCGUGGCUCGCCGCGCUGCUGAUGAGCGCGCCCAGCUUCGCCAACUACCGCGUGCUCGCGGCCGAGUGCGUGUACGGCAACGGGAGUGGCAAGGCGACUGUGCGGCUGUUGCAGGUGCUGGGCUCGUGCGUGCUCCCGGGAGCCAUCAUGAGCUUCUGCUACGGCAGCAUCGCGUGGCGGCUGCUGCGGCUGAGAGACGCGAGGCGUCAACGCGCCCUGCGCAUCGUCUACGCCGCGGUGGUCGCCUUCGUGAGCUGCACGCUGCCCUACAACGCAGUGGCCCUGGUGGACGUCUACGCCUGGUCCUCCAUCCCGCCCGGCAACUGCCAAGAGCAGACGCUCAGAUUCACGGCCAAUCUGGUCACGGAGGUGCUCGCGUACAGCCACUGCGCCAUCCACCCCGUGCUGCACGCGUGCCUGAGCCGCGCCUUCCGCCAGCAGCUGCUGGCCAUGCUGCUGCGGCCACCGGCGACGUGGGGACGACGGCCACGGGGCCACAGGGCCACGGCCGCCGGGCCCGCGUCCGAGGGGGGGUCGUCGGGCAAGACGGAGCUGUCCCUGUCUGCUCGGGACACCGUGCUGGUGCACACUGUGAUCUGAGUGUGUGUGUGUCUCUCUCACUGCUGUGAUCUGGGUUUGUGUGUGUGUGUGUCUCUCUCUCGCUGCUGUGAUCUGAGUGUGUGUGUGUGUCUCUCUCUCGCUGCUGUGAUCUGAGUGUGUGUGUGUGUCUCUCUCGCUGCUGUGAUCUGGGUGUCAAUGUCACAGUGAUCUGAGUGUGUGUGUCUCUCUCUCGCUGCUGUGAUCUGGGUGUCAAUGUCACAGUGAUCUGAGUGUGUGUGUGUCUCUCUCUCGCUGCUGUGAUCUGGGUGUGUGUGUGUGUCUCUCUCACUGCUGUGAUCUGGGUGUCAAUGUCACAGUGAUCUGUGUGUGUGUGUCUCUCUCUCGCUGCUGUGA